UACCCCCUUCCUUCCCCUUGUAACCCUCCCUAUCAGAAAUCGCGCUAUCGAAGAUCUAUCUAUACCCAUCUUGCUUGCUUGCUUGCCGGCCGGCCGCUGGUUUAUUCGAGUCGUCAAACAAAAUUUUUUCGUCUUCAAUCCGGUAAGGUCUUCUCGUCACAUGUGAUUUUAGACGCGAUCUCGCUCAAUAUUGUAUUGGAGGAGGAUCAGGGUAUAUAUCGUUGAUUGAUUACCUACGAUUGAUUGAUUGUCGUUAGUUAGAUCUUAUUUGUUAUCUCCCGAAUUAAUUGUCCUCCUAUAGGUAGGUGGUGUCUAUAAAUAAAUCUAUCAAUUGUUGUUUGACUGAAAAUGGAAGAAGAGAAAGGGGCAAUAACGGCCGCCGUCAAAACCACGCAGCAGGAGCUAGCAAUUGAGGGGCAAAACCAAUUGGAGCAGACAAUCGAUGCUGCUUACCAGAUCUUGUUUUCCAUGAACGACGAGCUCUGCAACCCGGCUCUCUGGACCACGCCAACUCCUUCUUCUACUUUGAAUCAUACUCCCUCCAAUGGCGGCGACGCUUCCUUGGAAUCUGGACACCACUUUGAGAUGGGUGGCGGUGCCCUAGACAUAGCUCGCCUCCGUUAUAAGUCCUCCCUCGUCGCUCUCCGUGCACUUCUUACUGCUAUCCCUACUUCACACAAGGCAAAACCAUAUGAUUCAUGGGCAAAAACAGGCUCAUUGUCCCCACCUGACCAAGCGGAAAUAGAGACAUUGGAAGAUCGAGCUUCUGUAUUAAGAGAGGAACUUGGAAACAAAGACAAACAGCUGAAGCUUCUGAUUGAUCAACUACGGGAACUCAUCAUUGACAUUUCUACAUGGCAAACUCCUUGCACUGUUUAAAAUUUCUUAAAGUGAAUGGUUGAACUAGUUCAUGUUAGGUAGGGUUAGAUCAUGAAGUGAAUUUGGUUUAGUCAGAUGGGUUUCAGCAAUGGAUUCAUUUUUAUUAGAAAUCAUUCUGUAGACUUUAACCGUGGUAGAAUCAAUCAUGUAUGUUUCUAGUUAAACCCUCUUGAUGUAAAUUAACAUUAGCUUCCAAUUUAUAUCAAAGAUGAACAAUCUCAU